AAUCCACCAAGUGUGACUCACAACUGUACCACCAACAUCCAUCUCAAUCUUGGGGCAUCUCCGGUCGAGAUCGCCUUGUCUAUAGUCUGUAAUUCGAAGUUCCUGCACGACCGGACACGGGAAAAUCCACAUACCAAAUAUUUGUGACAACAUGAGCAUGAACGAUGUUCUCUACGCUUCUUUCCUCUUUCCGGUCUUCUUGACUAUUGAAUGCACGAGGUGCAUUCUCUACGUCUCUGACAGAACACCUGGCAGCGGGCCAUUGCGCUUGGUCGUCUUGCUACUCAACAUCCUCGCGUUUGGCCCGCUCCGGGUGAUUUUUGGAUGGAUGUUGAUGAUCGUAUGGUUGCCUGUGCGAGCUCUUCUUUGGUUCAUGGGUAUAGGAAGGGGAGCACCAAAGAAAGGCUCUGCAGCGGCCACGGCGCGGUUCUAUGAAUUUAAGAAGAGACGAGCCGAUGGACUGGAAGAACAGACGAGGGGAAAGUUGGUCUGGAGGACUUGAGGUAUUAUUCAUUUUCUUGGACUGUAUGUACCUCUAGAGGUGUAUUCUGUUGUUGUUCUAUGAUUGUUGUUGUCGUUUUAUUAUAUUUAUGUUUUCCUGUAGCUCCCAGCUGGCCAAGGAGCUCAAUUCUAUAUUCAUGCACCGAACAAACCUAUGUGUAUACCGAACCUCUGCAAUCACGUGACCGCGUAUUUGCUGUCAGCC